GAAUAUACAACAUUCAGCAUCAUAGUCUAUGUAAAUGUAGGGUACUUGACAAAUAGCAUUGCAGAUAUGCAUUUACUGACAAGUGUUUCAUGUUUGGACUCUAGUGGAGACUCGAAAAAUUGAAAGGAAAGCCUGCUCUUCUGCUAUUUCGUUCGGUGCCUCAAUUUGCUUACUUCUGAGUUAGCUUGCACUGCUGAAUAUUUGUACUGGAAUGGAUGAAGACUUAAUUGUGCAUAAUGGCGGAUGCCACUGUGGAAGAGUAAGAUGGCGAGUCCAAGCACCAAGUAGUGUUAUAGCUUGGAAAUGCAACUGUUCUGACUGCUCAAUGAGAGCCAAUGUUCACUUCAUCGUUCCUUCUCAAAGAUUUGAGCUUUUGGGAGAUUCCAAAGAGUUUCUUACGACAUACACUUUUGGCACUCAUACAGCAAAGCACAUAUUCUGUAAGGUCUGUGGCAUCACUUCAUUCUAUAUUCCACGAUCAAAUCCAGAUGGAAUUGCAGUUACAUACAGGUGCAUAGACCCAGGAACCCUGUCCCAUGUUGAGAUUAAACUUUAUGAUGGAAAGAAUUGGGAGAGUUCAUAUAAUCAAACAGGGAUUACUUCAUGUUCAAAGACUAAUGAGCCAAAAUAACUAGCUCCCAAUUGCAGCUUGUAGGUUUUAUGAGCCACUCCAUUUCCUGAAAACACCUGCAAAUCCUGAUCUUGUAUUCUACAGACAAAAUGAGUUUAUAUAUUUGUAAGAAACUCUAUGAAUUAGUAUUGAACUGCUUCUGCAUUUCAAGUAAA